AAUGACCAUGAGAUUACCAUAGAGGAGCUGGAACUGAAGUAUCAAACAAGCAUCUCAAAAGGUCUGAAGAGCAGUUUUGCAGCAGAGGUCUUGAUCCGCGAUGGGCCUAACGAGCUCAAACCUCCAAAAGGCACCCCAGAAUAUGUGAAGUUUGCCCGUCAGCUGGCCGGAGGGCUGCAGUGCCUGAUGUGGGUGGCGGCUGUCAUCUGUCUCAUUGCCUUUGGGAUCCAGACCUCGCAGGGGGACCAGACUGCUGCGGAUAAUCUGUACUUGGCCGUCGCUCUGAUAGCUGUGGUCGUGGUCACCGGCUGCUUCGGCUACUACCAGGAAUUCAAGAGCACCAACAUCAUUGCCAGCUUCAAGAACCUCGUGCCCCAGCAAGCCACCGUUAUACGAGAUGGAGAGAAGUUUCAGAUAAACGCCAACCAGCUGGUGGUAGGAGACCUUGUGGAAAUUAAGGGUGGAGAUCGCGUCCCGGCGGAUAUUAGAAUUAUCUCCGCGCAAGGGUGCAAGGUGGACAAUUCUUCUCUGACAGGGGAAUCUGAACCACAGACUCGAUCACCAGAAUAUACCCAUGAGAGCCCCCUGGAAACACGAAAUAUUGCAUUCUUCUCUACCAUGUGUCUAGAAGGUACGGCCACAGGAAUCACUUGUAACACCGGAGACCGAACCAUCAUUGGCCGCAUUGCCAGCUUGGCUUCCGGAGUGGGUAACGAGAAGACCCCCAUUGCCAUAGAGAUUGAACACUUUGUGGACAUCAUCGCGGGGCUGGCCAUCUUCUUCGGCGGCACCUUCUUUAUCGUUGCUAUGGUCAUCGGCUACCCCUUCCUCAGGGCUAUGGUCUUCUUUAUGGCUAUCGUGGUGGCGUACGUCCCGGAAGGUCUCUUGGCCACCGUCACUGUGUGUCUGUCUCUCACGGCCAAACGUCUUGCCAGAAAGAACUGUGUAGUAAAGAACCUUGAAGCUGUGGAGACACUUGGAUCCACGUCCGUCAUCUGCUCCGACAAGACGGGAACCUUGACCCAGAACCGGAUGACUGUGUCUCACUUGUGGUUUGACAAUCAGAUCCAUACAGCUGACACCACUGAAGAUCAAUCAGGACAAAGCUUCGACCAAACAUCGGAUACAUGGAGAGCUCUGAGUAAGGUGGUCAGCCUUUGUAAUCGUGCCUCUUUCAAGGGUGGACAGGAUGGAGUACCUGUACCCAAGCGUAUUGUGAUUGGCGAUGCCUCGGAGACCGCUCUGCUGAAAUUCUCGGAGCUGACGGUUGGCAAUGUCACGGAAUACAGAGAUCGCUUCAAGAAAGUGUCGGAGUUACCCUUCAACUCCACCAACAAGUUUCAGUUGUCCAUCCAUGAGCUCCAGGACCCUCUGGAUCUGCGUUAUCUUCUCGUAAUGAAGGGAGCUCCAGAACGCAUUUUGGAAAGGUGUUCCACCAUCAUGAUCAAAGGACAGGAGAUCCCUCUGGAUGAACAAUGGCAGGAAGCUUUCCAGACAGCUUACAUGGACCUCGGAGGACUGGGGGAAAGAGUGCUGGGAUUCUGCCACCUGUACCUGAAUGAGAAGGAGUACCCUCGCGGAUACAACUUCGACGCGGAUGAAUUGAACUUCCCCACCAGCGGUCUCUGCUUCGCAGGACUCAUUUCCAUGAUUGAUCCCCCCAGGGCCACUGUCCCCGACGCUGUCAUGAAAUGCCGAACUGCCGGAAUCCGAGUCAUCAUGGUCACUGGAGAUCAUCCAAUCACAGCCAAGGCCAUCGCCGCCAGUGUGGGCAUCAUUUCCGAGGGCAGCGAGACGGUGGAGGACAUUGCUGCUCGCUUGCGCAUUCCCGUGGAGCAGGUGAACAAACGUGACGCUCGGGCCUGCGUCAUCAAUGGUGGACAGCUGAAGGACAUGAGCGGUGAGGAGCUGGUGGAGUCUCUGAAGUUGCACCCUGAGAUGGUCUUCGCUCGGACCUCUCCCCAGCAGAAACUCAUCAUUGUGGAAAGUUGUCAGAAGCUGGGGGCCAUUGUGGCCGUGACAGGAGACGGUGUCAAUGAUUCCCCAGCCUUGAAAAAGGCGGACAUCGGCGUUGCUAUGGGAAUUGCUGGAUCGGAUGCUGCAAAGAAUGCAGCUGACAUGAUCUUAUUGGACGAUAACUUCGCCUCCAUCGUCACAGGAGUGGAACAAGGACGUCUGAUCUUUGACAAUUUGAAGAAGUCCAUCGCCUACACUCUGACCAAGAACAUUCCAGAACUGGCCCCCUAUCUCAUCUAUAUCACGGCCAGUGUCCCUCUACCCCUGGGCUGCAUCACCAUCCUCUUCAUUGAGCUGUGUACCGAUAUUUUCCCCUCGGUGUCUCUGGCCUAUGAGAGAGCUGAGAGCGACAUCAUGCACCUGAAACCGAGGAACCCGCGCCGGGACCGUCUGGUGAAUGAGGCUCUGGCCGCCUACUCCUACUUCCAGAUUGGCGUCAUUCAGUCCUUCGCGGGGUUUGUGGACUAUUUCACCGUCAUGGCUCAGGAAGGUUGGUUCCCUGCGUACUGCCUGGGUCUGCGCGCCCAAUGGGAGGAUGAGCACCUACAGGACUUAGAGGACAGCUACGGCCAGCAAUGGACUUUUGGCCAGCGACUCUACCAACAGUACAACUGCUACACCGUCUUCUUCAUCAGUAUUGAAGUGUGUCAGAUCGCUGAUGUGCUCAUCAGGAAAAACGAGACGUCUCUGUCCGUCAUCCAGCAAGGAUUUUUCAGGAACAAAGUUCUGGUGAUCGCCAUCGUCUUCCAGCUGAUUCUGGGUAACUUCCUCUGCUACUGCCCUGGAAUGCCCAACAUUUUCAACUUUAUGCCCAUCCGGUGGCAGUGGUGGUUUGUUCCUCUUCCAUUUGGAGUCUUGAUUUUUGUCUAUGAUGAAAUCCGUAAACUUGGAGUCCGCAGACAUCCCGGAAGCUGGUGGGACAAGGAGCUGUACUAUUAG